AUGGCGCGCAUCAACCUUCCCCCGCUCACUCGGGGCGUGCUGGCGGCCGUCGUAUUCUUUACGCUGAUAAAUUUCGCACUGCGACCCAACGCCAACCUGGUAGAAAAGAUCGAGAAGCCAAUCAUCGGCGUGGGAAAUGGCGUCCCGUGGCUUACCAUCGUCCCCCGCUAUUCGGUGCCGUGGUAUCCUUGGGUCUUUGCGCUGGCGACAGUGGUGGAGCAGAACCUCCUCGGCCUCAUCACCACCGGACUCACCGUCUUCUAUGGCGGACGCUACCUGGAAAGAGCGUGGGGGUCUCACGAGUUCACCAAGUUCAUGCUCUUCGUGGCCAUGAUCCCCAACAUCCUCGCCUAUCUGCUCUACAUCGUGGGCUACCUGGUCAUGGGCAAGACCUCUUUGAUGCGCACGACCAUCUCUGGUGGCAUUGCCAUCCAGGCCGGCUUCCUCGUCUCCUUCAAGCAGCUCGUCCCCGAACACACCGUUGCCAUCGCAAAGGGCCUCAUCCGCAUGCGCGUCAAGCACUUCCCUGCCAUCUUUCUCCUCACAAACACAAUCUCCGGCAUAAUACUGGGUACUGAGACGGCCAUGUUUCUGGCCUACUUCGGCUUCUUCACUGCCUGGAUCUACCUCCGCUUCUACCGCAUAAGCCCAUCACUAUCGUCCACUGCAACUGGCGACGGCUCUGUCAUCCGCGGCGACGCCUCAGAUACCUUCUCGUUUGCCCACUUCUUCCCAGAGCCCAUACAAACACCCGUUGGCGCCCUCUCCGACGGUAUCUACAACACACUCGUAUCGCUCAAAGUGUGCAUACCCUUCUCGGAUCAGGACAUCGAUGCAGGAAACGAACAGGCGAGCGCCCGGGCUGAAGGGGGUUUACCCAGCAUCAUGAACCCUAACAGCAAGGGUGGUCGAGGAGGAGCCACUCGUGCGGAGGCGGAAAGGAGACGUGCUCUCGCUCUAGAGGCUCUGAACCAGCGCCUGAACGCAGCAGCGUCUCGGGGUCCUAGUGUCGCUGCUCCGUCAGCGCCUUCUGUCUCCGGACCUACCGAGUCACUGGGCGAGACAAACUACGAGCCGGACCGACCAGAAGCACCCGAGAGAUCAGGGGCGUAG